AUGUAUUCAAAUGGAAAUGAUGCGAAUAAUGAAAAAUUCAAUGAUAAUUCGCAAUUAAUUACUACUAAUUAUGCAUAUGAUAAAUUAAAUCAGUUAUCAUAUCAGCAACGAUAUUUCUGGUCUUGUCAAUUGUUUAUCAUAUUUUUUAUCAUUUUAAUCAUUGUUAAUGCACUGAUUAUACUAUGUUUAACAAUGAAUCAUCAACAAUCAGACAAUAAAAUGACAAAUUUUUGUAAAUUUAUUCCAUUAAAUGAUUAUCAAAAGCGUACUUUAGCAACUUUUAAACUUCAAAGGCCAUUACUUAGCGUUGAUACAAAUAACAAUUUGCUUAUUCUUUCAUCAUUCAAAAAUUACACCAAUGAAUUAUUUGUUGAGCAAUUAGCGCUCGAUGAUUUCCAAAAUGGAUUUAUCUCAGCAAAUAUUAAAUUUAUUAAUGGAAUGAAAAAUUGUCAACAACUUUCAUCAAUUGUAUAUUGUUGUCAUAUCACAAUGAGUGAUAAUAAUUCAUUCAUUGGCAAAGGAACACAUUGUUUCCGUCAAAGUCCAUUAGAUGUCAGUGCUGAAAUUUCAACAAAAAUUAAUUACACCGAUCAUUUCUACAUGAGAAAUAUGCAAAUGACUACAAUAUGGCAAACUCUGUCAAACGAUGAAACAAUUAUUUUACUUCAAAAUAUUACUGGCAAAUAUAAUAUGUUUAAUACAAAAAAUGGAAUUUUAAUGCCUAUUUUGGAUAAUGAAGAUUAUGCAAAUUUAACGCCUAUAGCAUCAUUUUUUGGAAUGGAUAAUGCUGAAGAAUUAACUCAACUUGCUCAAGAUGAUUAUAAAUUUUAUAUUUGUGAAUAUCUUCGUGAUUCAAAACAUCGUUUUCUCUUGCAAGAAUGUUAUCAAACAGCAUUGAUUAAAUUGGAAAAAUUUUCAUAUAUUAAAUUUUGUGCAAAUCCAAUUUAUCAAGCAGUCAUUCAGUUCAAUAAUGUUUACAAAAAUGUUAAAUGGCAAUUACAGGUGUCAUAUACAUCAACAAAUGAAAUCAUUGAUAAUAAUAUUUACAUUGUUGAUUCGAUUGAUUUAAUCACUGAUAAACAAAUUACAAUGAUUUGUUCACCAUUUAUCAUUGAUAUUUAUUUCAUUUCAAACAAUAUUCUUGUACAUUAUGCAAUUGAUUUACCUAAAAUUGAUGGUGAAACAUUAAUUGGUAAUUAUUUUUAA